AGAGAGCAGCUUCCAGUUGCAGAUGAUGAUAGCGAGAACGGCAGUGACAACGAAGAUGAGCAGCCUCAAGUGGUAACGCUGAAAAAAGGGGACUUGACAGCUGAAGAAGCAAUGAAAAUUAAACAGCAAAUCAAAGAGGCCUUAAAGUCAAAUGAAUCAGAUGGUGAACCAGAACCUGCCGAUGGAAAAAUUGUAUUCAGGAAACCAGCCAAACGUUCAUCAGAGAAGUUUUUGGACUUCAAUAUAAGUUCAAGUAAGAAGAUGAAAGAGGCAAAGAAAACUAAGAGAGAAGCGACUACUCCUCAGAGUGCAGCUAAGCAAAUAAAAAAUAGCAGUCUUCUGUCAUUUGAUGAUGAGGAAAAUGAUGAUUAG